AUAUUGAACCUCAAAUCAAAUUAACUCUUUGUCUCUCCUUACAUCACUUCUUCUUCUUCUUAAAUCCCUUACUUUUUAAACAUGUCUGGCUAUCCCAACCAGCCUCCCGGCUACGGCUACGGUUACGGCGGAGCGCCGCCGCCACCCCAACCCUACGGCGUUCCGCAGCCCGGUCAGCCCUACUCCGCCAAUCCCUACGGCCAGCAGCCGUCCGCUCCUUACGCCGCACCUUAUAACAAACCACCGAAGAACGAAUCACAAUCCCACGGCGGUGGAAGCGGAGGCGGAUAUCCGCCGCCGCCUUCGGGGUACUCGAGCCCGUUCGCGUCGCUGGUGCCGUCGGCGUUCCCUCCCGGCACUGACCCGAACGUGGUGGCGUGCUUCCAGAUGGCGGAUCAGGACGGUAGCGGAUUCAUCGAUGAUAAGGAAAUGCAGAGAGCGCUAUCUUCUUACAAUCAGAGCUUCAGUUUGAGAACCGUUCACCUUCUCAUGUUUCACUUCACCAACACCAACGUCAAGAAGAUUGGACCCAAGGAGUUCACAUCUCUAUUUUACAGUCUUCAAAACUGGAGGUCCAUUUUUGAGAGAUUUGAUAAGGACAGGAGUGGCAAAAUCGAUUCAUUCGAGUUGCGAGAUGCUCUAAUGAGUCUGGGUUAUUCUGUUUCCCCUAUGGUGUUGGAUUUGCUCGUCUCCAAGUUUGACAAAACUGGUGGAAAAAGCAAGGCUAUUGAAUAUGACAAUUUCAUCGAGUGUUGUCUUACUGUUAAGGGACUGACUGACAAAUUCAAGGAGAAGGAUACUGGGUAUACUGGCUCUGCAACAUUCUCGUAUGAGUCGUUUAUGUUGACUGUCCUACCAUUCCUUAUAGCUUAGGAAUCUUAAUGGUUCUAUGGUCGGUUGACUUUGUAAAUGGCCUGGCGGCUAUGUUUGGUUUAUGUGUGUGGUUGAAUUUCUUUUUCCAGCCUUUAAUAUGCUGCUAUUCCCUGUUCUUUAGUUUGUAGGUAAACAUAUCCUAAAAUAUUACAUUUUCAAGUUGCUGGUAACUUUCGUCGGGCAUUGUCUGUGAAGUAAGUCCAUGAAAAUGAGUUUAUGUGAUAGUUUAUCUUCUUUUUUUGGUGAAAGUGUGAUAGUUUAUCUUUAUAUAU